UAUAAGAUAAUUAUAUUUUUUUUUACAGAAUCCAAUUUUCAUCGUUAAUGGCUAUUGAAAAAGUCAUCCUUAAAUUAUUUUCUGUUGUCUUAAAAAAAAAAAAUUAUUUUCUUGUUACAAUUUUUUCUUUGUCUCUGUGUUAUAUCAAUUCUCCCGGCUAAGGGUUAAAGUAAUUUGCACACACACUUCUGUUAGUCGAGGCUAAAAGCAUCAUUGUUAUUUAUGACUCAAGCCAAACCUUCAUCUUCAAUCUUCAAUCUGAAGCUAACAACAAAGGUUAGUGUUUGAUUUUGGUUCUACAUUUUCAACUCUCAAAUCUUUACAACUGCAUAUUUUAAUGUCGCACUCAAGGUGUUUGAAAAAAGUACUCAAUGAAAUCUUACCAGUGCUGUAACUGAUAGUAUCUCUUACAAUCACAAUCUCCAAAUAUGUCUUUCCAAUCACACUUCUCUAAGCAUAAAAUCUUAGCCUCUUACAUUUUCCCUCUUGUUCAACACAAGUUCAAUAGCCGUCGAUUUUACUCUUUUCAAACCCCACAAGUUUCCACGCCAAUAUUACCUGACAUUGUCAAUGAGAUAUCUCGUAUUGUCAGUGAUCACCGCCACCCUCACCAUGAUCUAGAACUCUCUCUCACUCCAUUUUCACCACAAAUAUCCACUAAUUUAGUUGAACAGGUUUUGAAAAGGUGCAAUCAUCUUGGCUUCUCAGCUCACAGAUUCUUUCUUUGGGCUAAAUCAAUUCCGGGUUUUCAGCAUAGUGUUGAGAGCUUCCACAUUUUGGUAGAAAUCUUAGGAAGUUCUAAACAAUUUGCUAUACUUUGGGAUUUUCUUAUAGAAAUGAGAGAGUCUUCUAGUUGUAAAAUCACUAAUGAAAUUUUCAGGAUCAUUUUCACUUCAUAUAGCCGAGCUGAUUUGCCGGACGGUGCAAUUCGGUCUUUUGCUAGAAUGGAUGAAUUUGGAAUUAAACCAACUAUUAUUGAUUUUGAAUCGCUUUUGUACACUCUAUGCAAAAAGAAGCAUGUAAAACAGGCUCAACAGUUUUUUGAUCAAACUAAGAGUCGUUUCUUGUUAACUGCUAAAACUUACAGCAUUCUGAUUUGUGGAUGGGGUAAAGUUGGUGAUUCGGGGAAGGCCCGCGAGCUGUUUGAAGCAAUGCUUGAGCAAGAGUGUCCUGUGGAUUUGCUUGCAUAUAAUAGUUUGUUAGAGGCCCUUUGCAAAGGAGGCCAUGUGGAUGAAGCUAUGGACUUUCUUAAUAAUAUGUUGUCGAAGAAAGUUAAGCCAGAUGCUUUUACUUACUCAAUAUUCAUCCGUUCAUACUGUAAGGCAAAUGAUAUACAUUCAGCUUUUAGUGUUCUUGACAAAAUGAAAAGAUGUAACCUUUUGCCAAAUGUGUUUACAUACAACUGUAUUCUAAAGCGACUUUGUAAGAAUAAAAAGGUCGAAGAAGCAUAUCAAUUGUUGGAUGAAAUGAUUUCUAGUGGAUUAAAACCAGACACUUGGAGUUACAAUGCAAUACAAGCUUACCAUUGUGGUCAUUAUGAGGUCAAUAGAGCUCUAAAGUUAAUAUCUAGAAUGGAAAAAGAUGACUGUCUUCCUGAUCGUCAUACGUAUAACAUGGUGCUAAGAUUACUGCUUCUGAUAGGAAGGUUUGACAAGGCAACUGAAGUUUGGGAAAACAUGGGUGACAAGAAAUUUUAUCCUUCUGUCUCAACGUAUUCCGUCAUGAUUCAUGGUCUUUGUAAGAAGAAGGGAAAGCUAGAGGAGGCAUGUAAGUACUUUGAGACGAUGGUUGAUGAAGGAAUACCACCUUAUGUUACUACCAUCGAAAUGCUAAGGAAUCGGCUCUUGGGCUUAGGGCUUUUGGAUAACAUUAAUAUACUUGCUAAUAAGAUGAAGCAGAGUACAUCAUGUUCAAUCAAAGAAUUGGCAGAUAUUAUGAUUGGCGCUAGAUCAGCUCGAAAAACUUCGAGACGUGAUGAGUCAGACAUAGAAAGCGAUUGAAUAAGUGUUUAUUUGUUUCCACUUUCCUGAACAGGUUUCAGCCUGAUCAUUGAAGUUCAAGCUAACUCUAUGAAUUUAGAGAAGAGUUUAUCUAUCAUUUUGUAUUGUCAGUGUCUUGCAAUGCUUACUUCUGAUGCUCAGAAUCACUAGGUACUUCUGAGUUUGUAUGGGAAUAAUUUUUUAUUUAUUGGUCAGCGACAUGAAUUGCAUGUGUUGUAUGACAUGUUUUUUAAUUUAUUCCUGUUAUUUAACCUUUAAUAUUUAAUACAGUACAACAUGUUAUUAAUGUUUUCCCUUUUCUCCCACUAUUUGUUUUCCCUUUCUCUGAGAAAGCUAUCGAUUCCCUUU